AUGCACUUCCCACCACCUGUGAGCAGAGACAGGGUCAUAUCCAAGUUCCCAAAGUGUUAUACUCCACAGGCCUGUCUGCAGAUGAAGGAGGACUGGGAUACCCAGGCCAAGGCUACCUGCAAAGAAAGAGCUGACAGGCAUCAGGGAUGGGACAGACUGAAGAUGUCUAAAGCAGUGGUUGUUGGUGACCUUAAUGUGGGCAAGACCUGCCUAAUAAACCGGUUCUGCAAAGAUGUAUUUGACAGAGACUACAAGGCUACCAUAGGAGUGGACUUUGAGAUUGAGAGGUUUGAGCUUUCAGGAGCUCCAUUCUCCCUUCAGAUCUGGGACACAGCUGGCCAGGAAAAAUUCAAAUGCAUCGCUUCAGCAUACUACAGAGGAGCUCAGGUGAUAAUCACAGUAUUUGACAUGGCAGACAUUAAGAGCUUGGAGCACUCAUGGCAGUGGUUAGAUGAGGCCAUGAGGGAGAAUGAACCUGGCUCCUGUUCUGUUUUCCUGGUCGGAACCAAGAGUGACCUACUUGCUCCAGAGGAGCGCCAGAGGACUGAGAGAGACGCCAUCAAGAUAGCAACUAAAAUGAAAGCUGAGUUUUGGUCUGUUUCGGCCAAGACAGGGGAGAACGUGCAGGGGUUCUUCUUCCGGGUGGCAUCUCUGGCCUUUGAAGACUCUGUACUGAAGGACAUGGAGAGAGGGAUCACCUCCACUCGAAUAGGAGGAGGAGACAGCAUCAAAUCUGACAGAGCCAACCUGGAGGAGCCCCAGUCCAAAGCAGUGAAUACGAAUUGCUGCUGA